AUGGCCGUGGCCCUGGAUGCAAUCCUCGCUCGGAUCAAAGAUGUUUGUAAAAGGAACGGUUUGCUCAUCCUCUCGGUGCUGUCCGUCACCAUCGGCUGCCUCCUGGGAUUCUUCCUGAGGACGAGGCGCCUCUCCCAGCAGGAAAUUAGUUACUUCCAGUUUCCUGGUGAAUUACUGAUGAGGAUGCUGAAAAUGCUGAUUCUCCCUCUGGUUGUCUCAAGCUUGAUGUCUGGGCUCGCAGCCCUGGAUGCCAAGACCUCCAGUCGCUUGGGAAUCAUAACUGUCACUUACUACCUGUGGACAACAUUUGUGGCUGUGGUUGUGGGAAUCAUCAUGGUCUCCAUCAUCCACCCUGGUGGAGCAGCACAGAAGGAGAGCACUGAGGAGGGUGGAAAGCCCAUCAUGAGCUCUGCAGACGCACUGCUGGACUUAAUCCGGAACAUGUUUCCAGCCAAUCUUGUUGAGGCCACAUUCAAGCAGUAUCGCACCAGGAGUAUUCCCAUCAUUAAAUCCAACAAAGCAUCAUCGGAAAGCACCACUCGUCGCAUCAUCAUCUAUGGAGUCCAGGAUGAGAACGGAUCCAAUGUCCAGAACUUUGCCUUGGAUAUCACCCCCCCUCCUGAAGUGAUUUACAAAUCAGAGCCAGGCGCUAGUGAUGGCAUGAAUGUACUUGGGAUUGUGAUAUUCUCUGCCACGAUGGGUAUAAUGUUGGGAAGAAUGGGGAACAGUGGUGUCCCUUUGGUCAGCUUUUGCCAGUGUUUGAACGAAUCUGUCAUGAAGAUAGUGGCUGUUGCUGUUUGGUAUUUUCCAUUUGGAAUUGUGUUCCUAAUAGCUGGCAAAAUCUUGGAAAUGGAUGACCCGUCGGCCAUUGGGAAGAAGCUGGGUUUCUAUGCCAUUACGGUGGUGUGUGGCCUGGUGGUGCACGGGCUGUUUAUUCUGCCAAUGAUGUACUUCUUCAUCACCAAGAAGAAUCCCAUUGUCUUCAUCAGAGGGAUCCUUCAAGCCUUGCUCAUUGCUCUGGCCACAUCCUCCAGCUCAGCCACCCUGCCUAUCACUUUCAAGUGCUUGCUGGAGAACAACCACGUGGACAGGAGGAUCGCGCGGUUCGUGCUGCCCGUGGGAGCCACAAUCAACAUGGACGGGACAGCGCUGUACGAGGCCGUGGCCGCCAUCUUCAUCGCCCAAGUCAACAACUACGAGCUGGACUUCGGGCAGAUCAUCACCAUCAGUAUCACAGCAACAGCUGCCAGCAUAGGUGCUGCAGGCAUCCCACAAGCUGGCCUGGUGACAAUGGUCAUUGUUCUCACCUCGGUGGGGCUCCCAACAGACGACAUCACGCUGAUUAUUGCCGUCGACUGGGCACUAGACAGGUUUAGAACAAUGAUCAAUGUCCUGGGGGAUGCUCUGGCUGCUGGGAUCAUGGCCCACAUCUGCCGGAAGGAGUUCAUCAAGGAUGGUGAUGAGGUGCCAUUGAUCUGUGAAACUAAGCCUGUUAACAUCCAUCAGAUUGUGGCUUACCAGAGAAAUGGCUGUGUGAAGACCAUGAAUGAAUCUCGUGGACCAGAAACAGUGAAAGGGUUGCAGCACCACAUACCCAUACAAGUGGAGCAAGAAGAAACUCCAGUGGAGAACCACACUAAGAAAUCCAACAGUAAAGACCACUGCACUAUUGAAAUAAAUGAACUAGAAACAAAUGUGUGA